UGAGACUCAUUUAGUGAGUAAGGGUGGUAUAACUCUAGACCAAUGUGCAUUACUGCACUUCUGCUACAGUUGUUUUCCAGGCUCCAGCGUUUAGAUCAUUUGAUCAGUUCAUCUAAGCCAGAGUGCUAACCUAUCUUCAGUAUUAUGAACAACUCUGAAUCUGAGUCACCUGCAAAUGGAAAGUAUGACCUUAGCAUACCUGGUAAUUCAUUACUUUACGGGAGAAACAAAGGAAUCCCUAGUAUAAUGCUCUGGGGAAUCCCACUAGUAACUGGUUUCCAGCGAGAUAAUACUCCAUUCACUCAGACCCUUCGCUUCCUAUAAUGCAGGUAGUCCUCUAACCACUAACUGUUUAUACCAUAACCUAUGAGCUUCCUCAGCAAACCCAAGUGUGAAACCUUGUCAAAUGCCUCACUAAGAUCAAUAAACACCACAUUAACAGACAGUUUAUUAUCUUCUGCUUCCGCACAUUCUCCCCUAGCUAAGGGCGGACUCAUUAAGCAGAAACAUUCGGGUCUAGAGCUGUGUUGCUCCUGUUCCCAUAAGCUUUAUGUUUCCAUAUGACCCAGUAAUUUUGCCUUCCUUAUUUCCUGCAAAACUUUCAAACUGCACAAGUUAAACUAGCGGGGCGAUAUUUGGUAACUAGUUGCCUACUGUCACCCUUGAAAAUUGGGUACACUAUAACAUCUUUCUACUUUCUAGGUAACCAGGCCUAGGACAGACAAAUUAAGUAUUUCUGUAAACUGAUCGUUAAUAAUGUCAGUUAAGGUCAGUAACAGCUUGUGGUGUAAACUUAUGGAACCCAGUGACUUACCAUAUUUAGGUUAUUUAGUAAUCUAUGCGCUGCCUCGCUGUCCACCAGAAUUAGAGCCAUUUUCUGGACCUCAGCCGUGGUCGUACUUGGCAUGUGUUAUCGUCUACCUUAAUGAAGUUUUUCGAUAGGUUUUCGUCUCUUUCUUUUUUAUUUCCCCAAGACAUUCUCAUUGGAAAGUAUAGUGGAUAUUCUAUUAUACCUUCGAGUUCCGCGCCUGUUAUGUGGGUAGAAUCUUUUAGGACAGGCUAAACAGUUAAAUGCUAGUUGCCUUUUAUAUUCAAUGCGACAUUUAGCUAUGAAAUUCUUGCAAGAAUUCCUAACUUUGCCACACACUUACUUAAAUGUAGCACAAGCCGUCUCUAUAAAUACAUCCGAAUGGCUCUCAUUCCACCUUAACUUUUGGGUCUGAUUACCCACCCUAGGGGGUUCGUUAGAAGGCUUCCAUAUAGUAUUUUGUUCUGCUCUUCUAUCUUGGCUAACCCCUACGUUUAUACAUUUGGUUUAUUGUUGUGGGAUGUAAAACAUGAAGCAGUAAGACUCUGAGUUAAUCAAGCUGUAACAUUUCUGCUGCUACGGAUCGACUAGUGUGAACCUUCACCGACUGGGGGGGGGAUUUGGACAUGUAUUACGAAUUCAAAGGAUCUUUAUUCACUGAGAACAAUAUUAGUGGAACUAGGAUCAAUGGGAAAGUGAGUUAAUUGUAAUCACACCAAAAUAUUUCACCAAGCAGACAGUCUCUGACUGUUGGUCUCGGUCGUCUACGAAUGUGGAGGCUACCUACAUGGGCUUCGCGAGAUACCAAGUAUUUGUGGUUAGAGAUUUAUAGUGACUCAAAAUCAACCAUAAACAUUAAAUUACAUUACUCACAUCAGUAAUCUCGUCACUUAACUCGUGAUACUAAAUCAAUCCGAUAGUUAAUAUUGAUACUCUUCGAAUUUACAGUAAAUUUCAUGCUAUAUUAUCACCUAAACUCUGUAAUUUGUAGUAUUUCGAGUAAUUUAUUUUUAACUUUAAUUUCAGAUGCAUGUAGGAAAACUGAAGAUGUGACUGCGUUUAUGGCUGCAGUUGCUCAAGAUGCCCAAGAACGAGCCCAGCGACGAGCUAGGCAACGUGAACGUGCAGAUAAACUCAAAGAUCGCGCAAAUACAUUUUUUAAAGCUGGAAACUGCAAAAAAGCUGUUGAGUUGUAUACACAGCAAUCAAUUUGGCAAAGGAUUACGAAAUCUUAUAUACAAAUAGAGCUCAGGCAUACCUUCGUCUCGGUCAACCUGAUUUAGCGUUGCAAGACUGCGAUACAGCCUUGUUACUCUUUCCAGAAGCUCCACAAUUGAGCCCUGAUGGAAAACCAUUGACAUUCAAUGACAAAAUUACUUCUAAUCCUCGUCUGGCAAAAGUUCAUUUGCAUAGAGGCAAGGCUUUAGUAUCACUCAAUAGACCAUCGGAUGCCCUUGCUGCUUAUACACUUUCACGUUAUUAUUCAACACCAAAGAAUGAAAAAUGUCUUUUGAAAGAUUCAAAUGAAGAAAAGUGGCCUAAUUAUUUAGUCGAGUAUGUUUCGCAGGCUGAGGCUGCUCUUGCUGCUCAGAAAGCUAAUGCAGAGGCGGAGGCUAGUUUUGCCGAGUCAGCAAUAGGUUUCAUGUCUAGUUCGAACGGGAAUUUUGAAAAUGUUUCGCCCAGUCAACAGUUAUUGUGUCUAUUAGCUCAGUUGGCUCGUAGAAAUCAAAAUUCAAAGUACUAUAGCGCAGGAUUACGUCGUAUGAAUCGUCUUUUUAUUGAUGCUCCAAAACCACUACCACCCACCCCUGUCAAUGAAGUUAAAGACGCAAACUGGGAUGUCAAGGUGAAAUCAUCAUCAGAAGGUUUGAAACAGAAUUCAGAAAAAAAAAAGUUGAAUAAGAAGAACAAACGUUCUGAUUCACCUCAAAAAUCUACAACUUCUGAACCGUGUGAGCUAUCUAAACAAUCUACAGCUGAAACAUUGUCAGAUUUGCAAACAAUAUUUCGUGUGAAAAGUGGAUUUAGCCUCCUUGACAAGGAAGUUAAUACAGUUUAUGAGAUUUUCAAUUUGGGUGAAUCCAAAGAAACCGGUUCGAAUGAGGAUCUUGCACAGAAUAAUGAAAAAGGCGAUAUUGCUGAAUCAAAUCAUUCCAUACUUGAUGAAGCAGAGAGGAUGCUUGCACUACUCAACUUGGCUGAUAAUCUUACAACUGACUGUGCAGAAAACCAGCGAUUACUUAUUGAACGUCAGCCUAAUUUAAUUAAAGUUGGUCUUGCUUGUCUCAACUUAUCACCAGAUUUUGUUCGACGAAUCGCUGACUCUUCGAUUUCUACGCAGAAUAGUUUCAGUAUGACUGUCGAAAAACAACGAAGUUUUCACAUUCUUGGUGCACUUAGACUAGCAGCUUGUAACUUAUUCGUCACCUUGUCAUCUCUACCAAGUGGUCGACAAUCCUUGUUAGAUAUGUGCGGACCUGGUCCCAUACUAACUGGACUAGCUAAUUGCUUGUCAACUUCAAUGUGUUCACUCCAGAUGAACAAUUCUUCAUCGCCUACAUGCGCAGCAAGUUUAGCGGAUGCAGCUCGUGGAUUAGUGGCCCGUAUGUCGUCUGGAAGUGUCGGUGGUGCUGCUGCUGUCGCUUCAAAUAAUAUGACCAACACAAUAAAUAGUGUCUAUCCAACCAAGUAUUCUAAUCUAAUUUCACCGGCAAUGGCUUCAGUCUGUGCUGCAAAAGCUGCACAAAUAUUAGAAUUUUUAACUGAAAGUUCAAGAUUUUUGAUACUUGCUCGAUCUUCUACCGAUGGGUUGCAAGGUCUGUUGCUAAUCAUCGAGUCUGCUUUAGCCUCUUCUUCACCAACUACUACCAACCAACCGUCUUCAACUACAUGUCACUGUCUAGCUACCUUGUUAGACAGUCUAGGAAAUGCUUGUCAGGAUACUGCAUUUCAAAAAAAUAUUCUUCAAAGUCGUAAAGCUCUAUUAUUUGGGCUAGCUGACUGUCUUCCACGUCAUACUCCAUUGUUGAAUGACCCCAAUCAUGCCUACUUGAUUGGUUCAAUCUGUCGACUGUUGCAUAAUAUAUAUGUGGGACAAUUGAACCAAUCAGUGGAUAAUAAAAACAUCAAUGGUAGCCUAGGAAUGACAGAUAAUCUAACUGAAGACUGUUCAGCAUUCUGUUUAACUUCAAGCAAAUUAAUUAAUUCCAUAUUGAAUGGAAUUGGUGCUAUCUUGGAUCAAAUUGGUCAUGGUCCAGAGUUGAGAGCUGUGGUCAUCGCUCUGGCUGGACGACUGCUACCAUUAUGUCAUGAUACUGAACAGCUUUCGUGUUGGUUCGGUGAACAUACUGCUACAGCAAAUGUUCAUUUACCUAUGAGUGACUUGCCUUCACGAACUCGUUUACUUCUUGCUGUUUUGGAUAGUUGCUCACCAGAUUCACGUUCUAGAAAUAAUCUUCGAAAGGGGUCAACGGAUGAUCAACAAACAGAUGAGUCAAAAGAAACAAAUAGUUUGUCAUCACAUCUGAUUAGUGGUUGUAUACGUUGCUUAGCAGCUGGUACAAGUCAUUCUGUUUACCUACGCUAUAUUAUUGGCGAUGAUCGACGUCGCGUUAGACGUUUGGCACGUUUAAUACGUGUAAGAUCACCUGGAUUUAUACCGCAGUCUAGGCCGAAAUCUAAUAUCUGUCCACCUCCACCACCAAGAGACGAACCUUUAGCAGGAAAUGUUUGCUUAAUUUUACAGCAUUGUGCUGCUGAUACACCAUUAGCUGAACACCUUCAAGGCACGUCAAUCAUUUAUGACUUACUAUCACUAAUACAGGAAAGUCGACGACUAGACACUAAACGCAACGCAGCAAUUCUGGUUGGCAAGUUGGCUCAAUCGAGUCAAGUACAUCGUGAUCAAUUAUCACGUUUAAAUGGUUACAGUGUACUUACACCUUUUAAUUCGUGGACUGCAGCACUGGAACGAUGUUGAACAAACCGACAUUGUACACAUUAAUUAAACGUCUUUCAGCAUAACCGAAGUCAUUUCAAGGAGAUACUGUCUUUUACCCGGUAAAGCAAACACUGUCACAGUUAAUAAGUUGUUUCGAGCCGUUUUAGUUGGCUUAUAGUUUUGUUUCUGUGUUGGUUGGUGUUUUCUUUCCGAACUGUUUCUUAGCGAAACUUUGAAGGUUUAUUUAUUCUCUUCACUCAGUGUACACGUCAUAACAAAAAACCUGCAAACAAUAUGCAACGGCUGUUUUCACGUUUUAAUUUUUUUAAGUGUAAAACAAUGAAACUUUCCAAAUGUUAUGUUUCCGUUGGUGGGAAAUAAGAAGAAAAGAAAGAGAUUUUCUAUCAGAAUACAUUUAUUGGUUUGUUUGUUUCCAUAUAAAAUAUCUGGGAGUUCCUUGAAUUGCACAGUUUGUUUUGUUGGUUUUCGGUCCAUGAUUUCAUUUAGACAGAAUUUUUCCUUCAAUAAAAUUGCAACUUCAAUCCUCAUUGAAUCGCAUAAACAUAAUAUGAUUUUCACGAUGAAAGCCCACUUUUCGUAAAAUCCUAUGUUUUGAUCAUUGCAGUCAAGUGAGAUUUUAUAACAACCUAUGUGUUUACCAAUGCGAACAAGCGUAUCAACAAGCCUGAAACAGUAUGUAAAAGGAAAAGCAACUUUGGAUUAGUGUAUUCCAAUCAAGUUUAAACAAGGUAGAGUCAUUAGUGGGAUCACAUCUUGAUUUUUUUUGUAAAGCUUCAUUUAACUUCAUAAAGAGUCAAAUUUCUUCAGAAAUUCUUUAAUCACCUACAGUUACGAAGACAAAAUAAUCCUACUUAGUGGUAAUUC